GCGGUCCCACUCUCUCUAUUGUUUAUACAUAUAUAUGGAUGUAUAUAUAUGUACAUAUCUCGUGUAUCGCUAUAUAUAUGUAUUGUAAGAUACGUCGAAAGUCACCGAGUUAGAUGUGUGUAUGUGUGUCUGUGUAUGUUUCGCAUUUAUCGCCGGUAGUUAGUCGCGCGCUAUCGAGAUCAAUUAUCAACUUUCUAACAUAAAACGAAAUCCGACGACGAAUCCAACAUCAAUUAUGGCGCAAGUACGCUAUACUCGUAAUUUAUUCCUACGUGGAAUCUGCAUUAUAUACCUGUUCGCAUUCCUCAGCUUUUACAUACAGAUUCCGGGAUUGUAUGGCGAUAAUGGAAUCUUACCAGCCAGAACACAAGUGGAUCUGAAAGCACGUGCAACAUUAUUUAAUAAACUGAAGCAGAAACCGACAUUCUUAUGGUUUGCACCAUAUCUAGGUUUAAAUGUAGAAUACAUGAUGGAUGUAUUAUCUCUCGUUGGAAUUAUUUUCUCUUUUGCAGGAUUUAUUUCGCAAAAGUUUUGUAUUGCGCCAAUAUUUGCAGGACUGUGGGCCUUAUAUUAUUCUUUAUAUCAGAUUGGUCAAACAUUUAUGUGGUUUCAAUGGGAUAUUUUAUUAUUGGAAGUCGGAUUCCUGUGUAUACUUGUAGCACCAUUUUGGUAUUCUCAUCGUGGAAAAUCAAGCACUCCGAGCGAUGCUGUGACAUUCUGGACCGUGCGUUGGUUACUUUUCCGUUUGAUGUUUGCUAGUGGAGUAGUAAAACUUACCUCAGAUUGUCCACUAUGGUGGAAAUUAGAUGCUCUAAAUGUCCACUUUGAAUCUCAAUGUAUACCUACUCCUUUGGCAUGGUAUGUACAUCACUUGCCAACAUGGUUUCUUCGAUUAUCCACUGUUGCUGCAAACGUAAUCGAGCUUGCAGUGCCGUUCUUAUUUUUCUUCCUGAAUAGGAAAGUGAGAAUAAUAGCAUUUUAUUUGCAGGUAUUUUUGCAAAUCUGCAUAAUUGCCACUGGAAACUAUAAUUUCUUCAACUUCCUAACGAUUUGUUUAUGCAUAUCCUUACUGGACGAUCAAUUUUUCUACAAACGAAAAUCUAAGAAUGAUAAGUCUCGUGUUAUAAAUUAUUUCUCGACAUUAAUAUGUAUAUUGGUUUAUGGAGGAGUUAUAUAUGGAACACAUAUUUAUUAUAAUCUUAGACUAACAGACAAUGGGACUAUUCAAUCUGAUAUCGCAUUUACAAAAAAACAAUUUGAUUAUGCUCUGAUUCGCGUAGUAUCGCUUUCUAUAUAUAUUGGUAUAGCAUCUCUUGGAUUGACGGCAGUGGAUUCGAUAAGUAAUUCUAUUAUGACAAAAGGGACACGUAAUAAAAUCACAACAACAAUAGUUACGAUUUUCUAUACCAUUGCAGUGUGCUUGAUUUUUGCUAUAAGCCUUGUACCAUAUUCCACUUUGCAUACUUUUACAAUUCUAUCGAAAAAUUCGACGACAACCGUUCAAUUGAAACAGAUGUAUGCAAAGGUGGAGCAUCUUCAUUUAGUGAACAGUUAUGGAUUAUUUCGUCGUAUGACAGGAGCCGAAGGUAGACCAGAAGUUAUAAUAGAAGGAAGUGAUAGUAUUGAUGGACCUUGGAAGGAAUACGAAUUUUUAUACAAACCAGGAAACGUUAACAACUCAUUACCAUUUGUUGCACCUCAUCAACCUCGUCUCGACUGGCAAAUGUGGUUCGCUGCAUUAGGUACAUAUAAACAAAAUCCAUGGUUAAUGUCACUAACUUAUCGUUUAUUGACUGGGCAGCCCGAAGUACUGGCUCUAAUAAAUACUGUCGAAAGUCCAUUUCGAGAUAGACCACCAAAAUAUAUCAGAGCUAGUCUUUAUUAUUAUCAUUAUGCACCAUGGAGCCAAACGACAAAUCCUAAUGCUUGGUGGGUCAGAGAGAAAGAAGGGGAAUAUUUCCCGAUAUUCAGCCGGGAUCAUCCGCCAUUUAUCGACUAUAUAAAAAAAAUGAAGGUUGUUCAAGACAAGCCCGAUUUUAAAAUCGUAAAUGAACCACUUAAAUUAAUUUUGGACAACUUGAGAUCUUUAGUCGGUAAGAUAGAAGCGAGUUUAUUUUUGUGGGGAGUCUUUACAGCCGGAUGUACAGUCAUUGUAACAAGUUACAGCAAUUCGGUGUCAAAAAAGAAAUAAUGAUCGAACGUUAAUCUUUAUAAAAACUUAAAACAUAAUAAAACUAAAAGUUAUAGUGUUAACAAAAUAGAGCACACGCAAAUUGUAAUAUAUAUAUACUAACUAAAUGAGGAUUAUGUACAUGCAUAUAGUGUAACUUAAACACAGGUACUUUCUGCAUGUAAAAUAUACAUUUUCAUUUCUUCUUUUCAUCUAAUAGAUCUCUAUCAGACAAUACUAAUCAUUAUAUCGUGUAUAAUAAUGUAUCAUGUAUGACGCGUAUUCAAUAAAUCUUUGCUCUAAAAUAUUA